AUGGAUCUCCGAAGAAUAACCGCUACCCUGCUGGCUCUGACGAUAGUUACCCUGAUUGUGGGCCUAGCGACACCGAACUGGGACUGCGUGAGUCUCUUUGAGGACUGCAUCGAGGAGGGCGCCAAUGAGAGGGUGGCGAUGAUCUCUGUGGCGGCUCUGCUGGUGAUCGGUCUCGUCUGCCUGACCGUUGUCUUCAUCCUCGACGUGCUAUAUCUCCGCUCCAAACAGCUCUCCGGUGUGGCCCAAGUUGCCCGCUUCUGCCUGCUGUAUCUGGGUGCGGCGAUGCUCCUGGUGGCAGUAAUUGUCUACACAGCGCAGACACACAACCACUGGUCGUACUUCCUUGCAGUGGCGAGUGCUGCCUUCGGUCUAACGGUGGCCAUCUUGGGUGUCAUGGCUUCAAGAUGCACCAGCUCCUCCCCACAGGCGUAA